CUCUCCUCUACCACAACGUAAUAAGAAUAAUUUUAAUAGCAAUGUUAAUGAUAGUUCUAGUCUAGUAACAAUUCUUCCCAAUACAAGAUCAAGAAGUGAUACUAUAGAAACUGACUCAUCAAACAAUGAUUCUAGCUCAAUUGUUCCAUUUGUCAAUUAA